UCAAUGGAUCUGGUAUGAAUACGGAUUGAACAUCUUGGAGAAAAGAGUUUGCCACCAUUUUCAGAUAAAGAUCAUCAAAAGUGAUCUAUGGAGAGAUCUCCCAAUGAAUCCUGGGACGGAAUGCUUCCAGGUCCACCAUCUCGCAGCAAUGGCGGUGCUGCCGACCUCAGUCCUUCCGGUCUCCUAGCCUACGCUACCGGAAGCAGCGUUGCUGUAGUCGAUUCCCGCUCAAUGCAGCUCGUUUCUGUCGUUCCUCUUCCUCCUCCAUCCUCAUCAUCGUCCAGCACAACAAGUUCAUCCUCCACCUCUCUUUCUCCAUUCGUCACCUCAGUCCGAUGGUCUCCUCAAUCACUACGCCGUGAUAUUCUCUCUCACGAUCCAUCCUCUAGUACAUCGCAUCUCCUCUUAGCCGCGGGUGAUCGCCAGGGACGGAUUAUUCUAAUGGAUCUCCGUAUGAAGUCAUCAGUUGUCUUCCUCGAUUUCGAACCAACGAAAUUAGGUAUCCAGGAUUUAUGCUGGAUCCAAACUCGACACGAUUCAUGGAUACUCGCUGCUCUUUCUGGUCCGUCUUAUCUAUCUCUCUACAACAUUGCAACCGGUCGAUGUUUUUUCAGGUACGAUUCAUCUCCGGAAUACUUCUCAUGUAUUCGUCAGGAUCCAUACGAUUCGCGACAUUUAUGCGCGUUAGGUCUCAAAGGCUUCUUGCUCUCUGUUGUGAUUCACGGCGAGAUGGAAAAAGACGUAUCACUGAAAGAACUUAAGGUUCGGACUGAUUCUUCAGAAUUGCAGAAACUAGAAGCGGCGGUUGCUAGUGGAGGUGCUUUCAAUUCAACCUCACCGGCUCUGGCGGUUUUCCCUACGUUUAUCGUUAGGUUUGCAUUUUCGCCUCAUUGGAGACACAUUCUGUUUGUGACAUUCCCUAGGGAGCUAGUAGUGUUUGAUUUGCAGUACAAGACAGAACUAACCAUUGUACCACUUUCUCGGAGUUGCGGUAAGCUUCUGGAUGUCGUCCCUGAUCCUAACCUUGAGUUACUCUAUUGUGCUCAUCUUGAUGGAAGACUUAGUACAUGGCGGCGUAAAGAGGAAGAACAGGGGUACAGUAUGUGUGGUAUGGAAGAAUUGGUACCAGCCAUCGCAACAUCUAUCCCUUCGCCAUGUCUUCUUGCAGUUGCACUCAUCCAGUCAGAUUGUACCUUCCAAAACGUUGCGAAACUCAAUUCUCAAUUAUCUCUUGAUCCCGUCGACGAUGAUUUUGAUACUCCUCUUGACUUUGAUGAUGAACCCUCUCUUAUUUCUAAGACUCAUUUGAUAUCUAUCACUGAUGAUGGGAAAAUAUGGAAUUGGCUUUUGACUGCUGAAGGGCCAAAUGAGACUGAAAAUAAUGCAGAAAGUUCAAGUGAUGUGGAUGAAAAGAGAGUGGUGCCAGAUCUAGACAGGAAUUCAAGCGUAGUUAUUUUUUCUGAUGAACCAAAAGUACGUGGAUUUAAGGCAUCAAAUAACAAGAAUUCCUUUACAGCUCUUUCGCUUAACCCCACACUCUGCUUGGAAGAGAUGAUUUUUAAGAUUAGCUUAGUUGGACAGCUUCACCUUCUUUCUGCAACAGUGACUAUACUAGCUGUACCAUCUCCAUCUCUAACAGCUAUUUUGGCUCGUGGAGGUAACCGUCCAGCUGUAGCAGUUCCUCUAGUGGCUUUGGGAACUCAAACUGGUAUUGUUGACGUGAUUGAUGUCUGCUCUAAUGCUGUUGCAGUGAGCUUUUCGGUUCAUACUACUACAGUUAGGGGCUUACGAUGGCUUGGAAAUUCUAAACUGGUUUCAUUCUCUUAUUCGCAGGGGACUGAGAAAUCAGGUGCCUAUACUAAUAAUCUUGCAGUGACCUGUCUUAGAAGUGGCACAAACCGGCCUUUUCGAGUCUUACAGAAGCCGGAGCGUGCACCUAUUAGAGCUUUAAGGUCUUCAUCAUCUGGAAGAUAUCUUCUUAUCUUGUUCCGUGAUGCACCUGUAGAAGUGUGGGCUAUGACAAAGAUCCCUAUAAUGCUUAGAUCAUUAGCUCUUCCAUUCACUGUAUUGGAAUGGACCCUGCCAACAGUUCCACGCCCAACUCCAAGUGCGCCCACCAGGCAAUGGUCUUUAACCAGGGAUCGUGCAGCUACUCCAACCGUGGAUGUUUCUUCCCCAAAAGAAGCAUCUACACCUGAUUCUAAGGAUUCGACCCAGGAAAGUUCUCAAGAUGAAUUUUCAGAAAGCUUUGCCUUUGCUCUAGUAAAUGGCGCCCUCGGAGUUUUUGAGGUUCAAGGUCGAAGGAUACGAGAUUUCAGACCAAAAUGGCCUUCUUCUUCAUUUGUUUCAACUGAGGGAUUGAUUACAGCCAUGGCCUACAGGCUACCUCAUGUGGUUAUGGGGGACAGAUCAGGAAAUAUAAGGUGGUGGGAUGUGACUACUGGACAAUCUUCAUCAUUCGGUACUCACAGAGAUGGAAUUAGGAGAAUCAAAUUCUCGCCUAUUGUCCCUGGAGAUCGUAACCGGGGUCGCAUUGCUGUAUUGUUUUAUGACAAUACGUUUUCAGUGUUUGAUCUUGAUUCACCUGAUCCCUUAGCAAAUUCCCUUUUGCAACCUCAAUUUCCAGGAACUCUAGUACUGGAGAUGGACUGGUUGCCCGUGCGAACUGACAAGAAUGAUCCAAUGGUAUUGUGUAUUGCUGGAGCUGACAGUAGCUUCCGCUUGAUUGAAGUUGACAUAAAUGAAAUCAGACCCGGGCUUGGACUCCUUCCACGAUCCAUGAAGGAGAGAUUCCGUCCCAUGCCAUUGUGUUCACCCAUAUUGCUUCCAACCCCACAUGCUUUGGCUUUGCGAAUGAUUUUGCAACUGGGUGUGAAGCCAUCAUGGCUCAAGGCAUGUAAUACAACUAGCAAUUACCAAACUCCUGAAAUGGCAUCUUCAACCGGAGAUCUUCGGGGUUAUAUGAUUGACUCACCGCCCGUUGGUGAUUCAGCAGCAACAGAGAUGCUACUUAAGGUACUUGAUCCCUACAGGAAGGAAGACUGCAUUCUUGAUGAUGAGAGGGCCAGACUGUAUGCUUCCAUAGUGGGUAAAGGCUCAACUGCAAGAUUUGCUUUUGCAGCUGCAAUCUUUGGAGAUACUGCAGAAGCUCUAUUUUGGUUAAAGUUGAGAUAUGCCCUUAACUAUUUGUUGAAUAAAUUGGCUAUCAAGUCUUCUUCACAAAGACCGUCGGCAUCAACAUCAUCAUCAUCCAAGAAUCGAGAACUUGAUGACGCGUCUCUUCUAAGUAGGAUCACAUCAAAAGGAAAAUCGGCAUCAUUCACUAGGAAGAAAGAUCCAAGUUGUGAUGGUCAACUAGCUUUGAUGGCUUUUGGACAAGCCGAGCUAUGGGGAAGUGCUAGUGAGCGCAUACCUUGGCACGAUAGAUUGAACAGCGAUGAAGAUAUUCAAAACCGUAUACAUGAGCUGGUUUCAGUUGGGAAUUUAGAAAUGGCUGUCAGUAUAUUACUAUCAACGCAUCCAGAGAGCACAUAUUUCUAUCCAAAUGCUCUUCGUGCAGUCGCGCUUUCGGCUGCAGUCUCCAGAUCUUUACUUGAACUGGCUGUUAAGGUUGUCGCAGCCAACAUGGUUAGGACAGACAGGUCAUUGUCGGGUACUCAUCUUCUUUGUGCUGUUGGCAAGUAUCAAGAAGCUUGUUCUCAGCUACAAGAUGCUGGACAGUGGACAGACGCUGCAACCUUAGCUGCAAGACAUUUAACGGGAUCAGAUUAUUCGCGGGUGUUGCAUAGAUGGGCAGGUCAUGUCCUACACGCUGAACAUAACAUAUGGAGGGCAUUGAUAUUGUAUGUAGCAGCGGGUUCAUUGCAAGACGCAUUAAUGGCACUUAGGGAUGCUCAGCAACCGGAUACAGCAGCAAUGUUCAUGCUUGCUUGCCACGAAAUCUAUGCAGAUUUUAUUGCCAGCUUAGACUUCAUGGAAGAAGCAAACACCACAAAAGGAAAAUUGUUUGUCUUGCCUGGCCUGGAUCCCAACAACGAUGAAGUUAUUGCUGUUGGGGAAUACUACGGCCAGUACCAAAGGAAAUUGAUUCAUCUCUGCAUGGACUCACAGCCUUUUUCCGACUAG